CGAAAUUUCUUCGUCUGGGCCGGGUGAUCUUCACUCGCUUGAGAUAAAGUUUGAAGGCGAAAUGAAAAAGGCUGCGUUUCUUGAGUUAAAUGAAUAUAUACACAAGAAUCUCACCAAUGUGGCCGCCACCAUUCCUCUCAAGAAGGUCGAAGAAUACCAGAAAAAACUGCGUGACCUGCCCACCCGUUUUGAACAAGAACUGCUCGACGUCGCCUUUUCCGCUGCCGUGAUGGACACGGACAAAAUGGAAUUGGACAGAGAACACUGGACCCCUACCAGUGAAAUCACUAAGGACGUUGCUAGCAAUGUUCUGGCGCUGAAGAACUAUGUCAUAUUUUUAAAAAACAAAGCUGCGACACCUAAAGAG